AUGGCUAUCGCCGAACUCGAGGAGGUUCUGCGAACAGACCUUCCGGAGACGGGCGAGCAGCAGACGGUUCUCAAGGCGGAAGCUGACCGCGUUUUGGAGUAUGCGAAGCUUUAUGUUGCUGAGGUUUCAGGCAAGAAGCCUGGCUCCUGA